AUGAACUGCCUAAAAUUUGAUGGUUUGAACCGCGACGAACGGCAACACCCAAUGCUGCUGAUCCUCAACGAAUUGAUCCGUAUUGGCAAUGCACCGGCCGAGCGCCAACGCAUUCAGGCACUGGGCCGACAACCAAAGCAAAAUGUGCGAACAGUGAUCGGAUCGAAUGCAAUCGACUGGCUUACCGAACAUACCUACUCGGUGACAGUGGACAGUCGAACAGCGAAUCAACUUGUCGCCGAAAAAUUCCAGGACAUAUGCCAAGUAUGCCAACAGGCAUGCGCAUCACGUUACGUAUAUACGCAGAUUACGCUACUGGAGAUUUUCCCACGCCUUAGCUCGUUUGGUAAAACGCAAAAUUUGGCAGCGGAGGACGAGGAGGCAAAUAAAUUUGACGUGGAUCCAGUGCCACUGUUCAAUCAUGCACUCAACAUGACCGCCAAACAUCCACCCGCAUUUUUUACGAUUGGCCUACUGGUACUUGACCGACCGACGCAACUGCAACCGAAACUUGGCCGAUUAACAGAUGUAGCUUACGAAAUAAUCCAGUCAAUUCCUGGCCUGAAAACAGAAGCCCAAGAUGGUAUGCUGAAGGAGCUUUGCCAGUUGUUGAUGAAUCGUAAGCUGCCAAGUAAACUGGCACCUCCAACGGAGCCUCCAAUGCCUAGCGGACCGGUGCAUAUCACUAAUGUUCCACUGAUCAGCCUUGCUCUAGCGACGCUUGGCCGUUUCGAGUUCCAGCGACAUGCGUUGCAGAUGUUCAUCAACUACAUUGCACAUGGUCAUUUGGUAUGCGACUGUGCGGAGGUACGGUUAGCAGCAGUCCAUUGUUGCGCCAAAGUGCUGGCUCCAUUCGUCCGGGUUUUUGAGUCAUUCGAAGGCUCCAAUAGGACACAGAAAUUUCAUGUUCUCAAGUUAAUUCAGUCGGUGCUGAGACAGCUUGUCAUGGUUGCUGUCACCGAUCCAUAUGGUGAUGCUCAUCUGCUGUCACAUUUGGCGCAGGCCGAUAUGCUUCAACUGAUAUUCAUGACGCUGCACGACGAGAAGCUGGAGAUGCAGGAACGCUCGGUUGCGCUGCUUGGAAAAUUGGGCAAUUUAAAUCCCGCAUACGUUCUGCCAAGUUUAAGAAAUGUUCUGCUGGAGACAAUUUCACAGCUUACCAACACUGGCGUACCGAGGCUGGAAGAACACAGUGCUCGUCUAAUUGCUCAAGUUGCAAAGCAAUCACCGAAAUUUAUUAAGCCAUAUAUGAGCCCGAUAUUGGCUGCACUGGUGCCAAUGCUUCGCACCAAAACCAAUCAUGUUGAUGUGAUCGUGCAGGUGCCUCACUGCUUUUAUUAA